AUGGCUUUGAGUUCCCGGGCGCACGCUUUCUCCGUGGACGUUUUAAUGGGCAACGCCAAUCCUACCAAGCGCAAGCUGAAGGAUCUGGAAGAGGAUCUCUCCUCCGAGACCCGGACGGAAAAAGCGGCUUUUCGGAGAAGCCAAGCGCCCGAAAAGAAAACCAAAGGAGAAAUAACGCUGUCUCUUUGCGAGGAAGCCAGAGAAGAAACUGGGGAGAUCCAAGUGGACUUACAAGGCUCAGAGCUGUGGAAGAGAUUUCAUGAAAUUGGCACCGAAAUGAUCAUCACCAAAGCUGGCAGGAGAAUGUUUCCUUCGGUCAGAGUUAAAGUAAAAGGUCUGGAUCCAGUGAAACAAUAUUAUAUUGCUAUAGACGUGGUCCCAGUGGACUCGAAAAGAUACAGGUAUGUCUAUCACAGCUCCCAGUGGAUGGUGGCUGGAAACACGGACCAUUCGUGCAUCACACCCCGGCUUUAUAUGCACCCGGAUUCCCCCUGUUCAGGAGAGACGUGGAUGAGGCAGAUCAUCAGCUUCGAUCGGGUGAAGCUAACCAACAAUGAGAUGGACGACAAAGGGCAUAUAAUUUUGCAAUCGAUGCACAAAUACAAGCCCAGAGUCCACAUUAUCAUCCAGGAUUCCCGGUUUGAUCUCUCCCAGACCCCAUCUUUGCCUGCAGCUGGUGUUCAGACUUUCUCUUUCAAAGAAACCGAAUUUACGACGGUCACCGCCUAUCAGAACCAGCAGGCUUCUGCUCCAAUAGCUUUUCCAAUGGCCUUGUUCCAUGGGGAUGCAAGUCUAAUUUCCAACUUAUCAUGUUGCAGAGGAGUUUUGGAUGGACUUUUGGAAUCCUAUCCGUGGAGACCAUCUCUGACCUUAGAUUUUAAGCAUUUUGGGACAGAGCGACCAAGUGGAAGUUCCAGCUCGUCUCCUGCAACGCCCUCUGGGGGAACCCCAUCACCUCUCAGCUCUCUCCUUUCUUCUGCGGGUUCUCCUCCCACCUUUCACCUCUCCGCAACCAAUCUUGGCAUGCCCUGCCCAGAUUCUUACCUGCACCACCUUGGUCUACCCAUCUGCUACAAGAUUUGCCCUACCAACCUUUUAAGACAGCCGUCCCUAAUGUUCCCAAGCCAUCAUAAGUUGGGAAGUGCCCCUGGUCCUCACUUUCUGCCCCACUUCAUGGUGGAGGUGCCCACUUUGUCGUCUCUGAGCAUUGGCAAUGUCAGAAGUGGCAAAGCAGAAGAUCUGGAGGGAGUGGUGUCCCAAGGGCCCAGUUCUGCUGGCCAGAUGUUGUAUGGCUUGCAUGCAUCUGGAAAUAUUUUCCCAUCCGCGCCCGUUGCCCGAGAAACUUUAAACUGUGCCUUGCACCCUCCUUAUGGGCUCUACAGUUAUAACUUUUCAAUGCCUUCUAGGUUAAUGAAUUCACUGAGCCACUUCAAAGUGAGCGAUGGCAUGCCGCCUCUGCUCCAGGACAGCAGGUGUAACCAUUCUGCCUGGACAUCCACGGUUAAUCACUGCCUCUAAAAAGACUUCUAACCUCUCCAAAGCAGAGUUAUGUCAAGCCACGAACAAUACCUGGAUCUCAUCCUUCACCAAACACUAAUGGACUGCAAGGUUUGGAACGCUGCAGAACGCAAGGAGAUAGACCAACUGGCUUCCUGACAUUUUCUUCCUGUUUAUUGACAGGGAAACUGUGUACACACCUGAGUGGGUGGGGAAUAGGUUUGGGAAUAAGGAAGAUGACUUUGACAGAGGUUUGCAAGUUCCCUUACCAGGAUGAUGGGAGUGAAACAUAUUUAAGGUCCACAACAGGCAGAUAAUAUUUAGAAGUGGCUCAGACAGACAUCUCUUGAAUUUAGUGGAGAGGAAGUACAACCCAAGACUGUUAUCAACCCUGCUACGCAGACCAGAAUGAGAAAUUAUUUUGGGGAGGGAGGAACCUUAACCAAACUCUAAGCAAGCUGUCUCACUGACUGUCUUGAGAACAUCUGAUAAAGAGAUCAAAAGCACUAUGAACCAAUUAGCAUCAGAGAUGUUCUCCUGUGUGUAGGAAAGAGGGGGGUCACAACUGGUAAUUUAUUUGGUUGCUUUCAUGGGCCUGGCUAAAAAGGAAAGCUGUUCUUUGAAUAUUUGCACUUUGCAGCAGAAUUUAAAUAUCGUGUCAUGAUUGGAAUGUAAUGUGAUCCAAAUGUUCACGAGAUUUUUGUAUCUUUCGUCUGAGAAUUAUUUUGAGAAUAUCACUUAAUCCUCAAGUUGGUUUCAUGGCUCUUUUGAAGAGCUCAUGCUACUCAUUCUUUUCUUCAAUGGUUCCCUGAGUAAAGGACUUCAUUAUCUUAUCUUCUUCCAUAUGAACUGCUUAUUGUCUACUUCAAAGUGUCCUGCAGCAUUGAAUUAUUGUUGUUAUUAUUAUGAAUUACUGCAAGGAGUCAUCUGCGUAUGGUUAGGACCGUUUCUGAAUGUUCUUUCCUCGUGUAUAUAUGAUACAUGAUCUUCUUCUAUA